AUUCACUGAUGUUUGGGCGGUAAAGGCUUCCGUACGCGAGUGGCUACGGUGUGACGCAGCGGGUUUAACGGGCAGACAAUUUCUACUGUCAAGAUGGCGACAUCGGAACCGAAGACACCCGAAACUGACGAGCAGCAAUCCGACGGCCAAGUCACAAACCAGGAACAGUACAUCAAACACCCUUUGCAAAACAGAUGGGCCCUGUGGUAUUUCAAAAAUGACAAAAGCAAAAGCUGGACGGAAAACCUGCGUCUCAUUUCCAAGUUUGACACGGUGGAGGACUUCUGGGCACUAUACAACCACAUACAGCAGCCCAGCAAGCUCAUCUAUGGCUGUGAUUAUUGCUUAUUCAAGGACGGCAUCAAGCCCAUGUGGGAGGACGACCGCAACAAACUGGGGGGACGCUGGCUGAUGACACUCAAUAAAGUCCAGCGGCACAACGACCUCGACCGCUACUGGAUGGAGACGCUCCUGUGUUUGGUGGGCGAGUCGUUUGACGAGGCGAGCGAUGACGUGUGCGGAGCCGUGGUCAACGUCAGGCACAAAGCGGACAAAAUAUCCAUCUGGACCAGCAACUGCCAAAACCGGGAGGCCAUCAUGAAGAUCGGGGAAACCUACAAGGACCUUCUGAGCAUCCCCAGCAAAGCCAUGCUCGGCUACCAAUCACACGACGACACGUCCAGCAAGAGCGGCUCCACCACUAAGAACAUGUACUCCAUUUGAAAAGGCCCUCACCGUCGCCACGCCGACCGCCCACGUUUAGAUUUUAACAACAAUUGCAAGCCCAAACCGUCAUCAUGUUAACAUUUCGAGUUGGAGUCAACUACGAUAUAGUGUUGUUACCUUUCACUGAAAAACAAACAAAUACACUGCUGCUCAAUUUCAGUGUGUUCUGAUUUGCAUCAGAGCAAAAAAAGAAAUAACAGAUGGGAAAACGGUAUGCACCUGAAAUGGUUGAAGAGCAGUUUUAACUUGAUUUAUUCCCUCAAGUGUUACACAAUAAGCGGACAGGCCAUCUUGAAUAAUCUACAAUAUGUUUGGUUUAUGAAAAAAAAAACGCAACUGUCGCCACGCUCUCCAGUGGUUUGGAUUUUUAAGGCCACUUAUUAUUUCAGCUAUGCUGGAAUUGUGGAUUAUCGCUUGUAGUAUUUGUUUUGUUUCCUCCCUUUUGCCCUCUUUACAUUUAUUUAUAAUGUAUGACUUGCAGUUGACAGCGAUUUUUUUUUUGUUAAAGAUGAAAAUCUGGACUACUGCAUUCUUGGAGGACAUUUUUUACAGUGUACCAUACAGUAAAGAUAAUGACCCAAUUUGUGUGUGUGUGUGAUUUUCACUGUUCUCUCGCUAACAAAUUGUAGAUAAUGACACUUGCUAUCUCUCUUUAUUUCUCUCUCUCGAUGCAACCUGAAAAAAAAUAUUGUGAAUGAUCUUUUUUUCCCCCCUUUGCAUAGUGUAUCUUUAUCUGUUCUCCCAGGAUGUAUAUUACCUUCUUUCAAGUAAAGGUGAAAUGCUUUGCAUUAAAAAAAACACA